CUCCUCCAUGCUCUUCUCGGUGUCGGGACUCCUUUUGACUGAACCAACAAGACGCCUCCCUACUCUUCUCGGCCUGUUCUCGAUGGGUGCUAAGUAUAAAGCCUACUUGGCAUAGCUAGUUUCCAGUUGGUUCUUUGUCUCUGUUUUCUCUGUUCCUUUGUGUGUGAGUGUCGUGUGCAUCAUGUAGCCGUUGUGUUGUAUCUUAUCCAUACUUUUUAUUAAAAAAAAGAAAAAUGGUUCAGUCUGGCUUUUGCCCUCCGUAGUUGCCCUAAUUUUUGUAGGCAAGUUUGAUUUAGGACAAAAUAGAAAGUUCAGUUAAGUUUGAAUGGAGAACAUUUUUUAAUAUAUUUUUGUAGAAGCUUACUUUAUCUAAUCUUAACUUGGAAAUGCAACUGUAAUCUAAUCUAUAAGUCUACCCUAGUAUAUUGGAGCCUGCCAGCCUAGCACUUACGUAGUUCUGAACUUCUGAUUGCAUAUCCAUUUACAUCUAUAUAAGAACCAGGAAGCAUCAUUAUCCCUUAAUUUCCUAAGAAGCAGAUCCAGCUGGCAGCUUCCGAUCGAUUUGGCAUCCACUUCACCUCCGUGCAUUUUACCGCCGUUUGUUUCCUGCUUCGCCGCUGGCCUGCCGCCGCCUGCUCAUCUCUCGGUGACAAGGUCGGCUCCUUUCAGGCCUGCAAGCUGCAACACUACUCCUGCCCGGCCGGUAUGUCACUAUGUACAGCAUUACUUGUGAACUGGUAGGAGUACAUAUGAAGCAUGUUUUCAGUUUUAGGUGAGUCAGUUUUACAUGUGCUUGAAAUUCAUAUGUUUACGGGAGACUUUUUAGUUUGGGUCUGAAACUAAACCGCGAAAACUCGUCCAUUCCAGUCGGCGCAAACAAAGGUGGAGCAAUUAACAUGGCUGGUGGAGGGCCGCUGGAGCUAUGGAACCACCGUUCGAUGCAGAUCCUGGUCCUCCUCAGCCUCGGGCUCCAGGUCGUCCUCUUCGUCUUCGCCGGGAUCCGCCGGCGUGAAGCCUUCCCCGUGCGGAGGCUCCUCCUGUGGCUAGCAUACCUCAUGGCCGACUCCACGGCCGUGUACGCCGUCGGCCACCUGUCGUUCAGCAGCACCGUGCGAGAGCAUCAGCUCGUCGCGUUCUGGGCGCCCUUCCUGCUGCUGCACCUCGGCGGCCCGGACAACAUCACCGCCUAUGCCCUCCAGGACAACCAGCUCUGGCUUCGCCACCUCCAAAUCCUCGUCGUGCAGGUCCUCGGGGCAGCCUACGUCAUCCACAAGAACAUCGACGGAGGUAGCAGCGGGCGGCUGCUCCGGCUUGCCUCCGGCUUGAUGUUCGCCGUUGGAUUUGUCAAGUACGGGGAGAGGACUUGGGCGCUCAAGUGUGGCACCCUGGAAAGCAUCGGCGCCUCGGUCAAGACGCAGCCGCCCGCCAUCCAUAAACAUUCCCACCGUCAGGACGAAGCGUCGGACGAGGAAUUCCUCGUGCGACGAGCCCACUCGCUGUUCCACGUCUGCAAGCGUGCCAUUGUUGAUUCUUCCGUGAUCGAGAAGGACUCCGUGGAGGGGCAGGAACAGUACACCACCAAGAUGAUGCGCAAAGUGGAGCUAUGGGCGCUGAUGGAGAUCGAGCUCUCCCUCAUGUACGACGUACUCUACACCAAGGCGGCCGUGGUCCACACCGCUGCCGGAUAUCUGGUCCGUGUCGUCUCGCCGCUCACCAUUGCCGCCUCGCUGGUGCUGUUCCAGCUCACCCCCAAGGACAGCCACAUCGGAGCCGACGUGGCCAUCACCUACGUCCUGCUGGGUGGUGCCUUGUUCAUGGAGACGACGUCGCUCGUGAACGCGCUAGGAUCGUCUUGGACGUUUGCGUUCCUGAGCACCACCAGGUGGCGAUGGCUCCGGUACGUAGCCCUGUGCAACGGGAGAUGGGACAGUCUCCGGCGUAGGGUUGUGUCUCUUCACCAUCUUGUCAAGGGAGGAUUUCCUGGUGGUAGCAGCACCAACAGGUACAAAUCGAGGAGGUGGUCAUACAUCAUCGGGCAGUACAACAUGCUGCACUUGUGCACGCGCCCCGCCGACACACUGCUCACCAGCCCGCUGCUCGGUAGGCUGGCCAGGACGCUGGGACCCAACGGGUGGUGGGACAGGAAGCACUACUCAGGGACCGUCAAGAUAUCGGUUUCAGUCAAGAAACACAUCUCCCUACACAUGGGGCGGCUGUACAAACACGGGACGCUCAACUCCCUGGGCAUGCUCAGGAAGAAGUGGGGCGAGGAGCCGCUGGACCGUCGAGGGCUGUACGAAGGCAUUCUGAAAGACUCCCUGGGUGUGGAGUUCCAGGAGGGCAUCAUCAUCUGGCACAUCGCCACCGACAUCUUCCUGGCCAAGAGCGAGAGAGCCAAGGCCGAGGACGCGGCGCCACGCGUGGAGGCCAUCGUGAUGCUGUCCGACUACAUGAUGUUCCUCAUGGUGGAUCGCCCCUACAUGCUCCCAGGCCAACCCCAAAACAGGUUGUACCAACGUACCUGCGAGAAUCUGGUCAGCAUGCGGUUGACAGAUGAUCCUGAGCACCCAAACCGCCGACGCAGAGGUAUGAUCAAGAAUCUGUUCCGCGUGCGUGAUGGCCCGGCUUCCGGCACUUCCAGGGCCUCCGAGAGACGUGAUCUCGCCAACAGACUGUAUGAUGAGUAUGCGAGCCGAAGGUUCAGCCACGACGCUCCCCGUCUCACGUACGUAGCCCGACUUGCCAAACGGCUGCUACAGAAGGAGAGAGCCGACGGCACGGCCGACUCGUUGGACCUUGUGCUUGAGGUGUGGACGGACAUUCUCGUCUACGCGGGCAACAAGUGCAGCAGGGAGUCCCAUGCCAAGAAGCUCAACAGUGGCGGCGAGCUCACGACCAUCCUGUGGCUCAUGGCGGAACACCUCUACCAAGUGUCCCUCGAGGAAGCAUCACACGCGCAGAGAGACGAUGAUGUAUCUAACGUACUAUAAUUCGACCACUAACGUCCCAGUUGUACGUACAUGUUGUGUUUUGAAAGUGAAUCCGGCCACAUGUAAAUAUAUGUACUAUGAUCUUCUCUUGCGCUUACCAACUGUGUUUCUAUGAGUGAACCACCCACAAUUUAA